AUGUCGCUGAAUCUGUUUUCGUCACUACGCAGCAGCGUUGCAAAUGCUCUGCCCUCGGCCUGUCGCUGGAGCUCGACCGAGGCCAUAAGCCACUUCACUUCCCCUUCCCAGCGAUCCCAAUCAGCAUUCAAAUCAUCCUCCAACCAACGCCGGAACCCCAACCACCGCAAGCGCUUCCUCGAAAACCAAAAAUCCCAGAGCGAAAGCAAAGCUAUUGAGAAAUUCCAGACCCGCGACUGGAAGGCUGGUGAUAUCUAUGCUCCUCACGAUCUUAGCCCAGCAGAGAUGAAGAAAUGGUCCAAGCGCAAGGCUCCUUCGUUUGACGCCUUUGAUGCCUUGAAUCUGAACCCAUUGAACCUGCACAAGAACUUCGCGAUUAUGUCCGAGUACGUCUCACCUUUGGGACGUAUCAAGCACCGAAACCAGACUGGUCUGCGCCCUGUUAACCAGCGGAAAAUUGCCAAGGCCAUUCGGAGGGCUAUGGGACUUGGUCUUUUGCCCUCUGUUCACCGACACCCUGAAAUUCUGGCAUCAGAGGCCAGAGCGAAGAUGGGUACCUACUACUAG